GCACAACUUCUAAAGUGUACGGCCAAUGUCAACGCUUCUCUCUCAAAAAAAGCAUUUAAAAAGCUAACCCAACACGGCAACACCUCUCAGUUUCAGUUUUCUCAGUGAGAGAGAGAGAGAGAGAGAGAGAGAGAGAGAGAGAGAGUUAUGAAGCUUGUUUGGUCCCCAGAGACAGCGUCAAAAGCUUAUAUAGACACAGUUAAUUCGUGUCGGAAUUUCAAAGAACAUUCCGGCGUAGCUGAGCUGCUAGCCGCCAUGGCCGCCGGUUGGAAUGCGAAGCUGAUCGUCCAGGCCUGGCUCCACGGCGAACCAAUCUUGACAAGCGUUGGCCUCGCCAUAGCCGCCCGCCACGCAUGCGGACGCCACGUGUGCAUAGUCCCGGACGAGCAGACGAGACUAGAGUACGUCAAGGCGAUACAGGCGUACGCCGAGGUGUCUACGCCGACGGAGGUGGUGGUGGGCGAGGCUGAGGCGGCGAUGGGGGGGCUGGUGGGCGUGGAUUUUCUGGUGGUGGAUUGUGAGCGCGGAGACUUCGCAAGGGUUCUGAGGCUCGCUAGGCUGAGCCCAAGAGGCGCGGUUUUGGCGUGCAAAAACGCGUGCCAGAGAAACGUUUCGGGGCUUCGAUGGCAUGGGGUGCUGGAGAGAGGGACACGUGUGGUGAGGACCGUGCUUUUGCCGAUGGGGAAGGGAUCCGGGUUGGAUAUUGCCCAUAUAGGUAGCAAAGGUGGGGCUCCGUGUCCCAGGAAGGGUCCUAGCCGUUGGAUCAAGCACAUCGAUGCGCGGUCCGGUGAGGAGCAUGUGUUCCGGUGGUGAUUUCUCAAGGUUUUCUAAGAGCUUGGAUUUUCUCUUUAUAUAUAUAUAUAUAUAUAAAGAUCUUCGAGUUAAAAUUACAAAAAUAAAAAAUAAAACGAAAAUAAUAAUAAAUAGCAUAAAGUUCAUCCCUUUCCAUGGCCGAAAUACGAGAGGCAAAAUGGGCUGCAAGAAUAUCUUACCUCGGGGUAGUGUGUGAGAAGCAAAAGCAAACGAGAAGGGUUUAGGUUUCAAUUUUUUUUUUAAAAAAAAUAAUUGAUUUUUAAAUGAUGUGACAUCGUCCAACGUGAUCUAUUGUUUUAAUAAAUAGAAACAUAAGGUCAAGAGAUAAUGAUACAUCAUUUGUGAAUUAUUAUUAUUUUUUUAAUAAAAAAUUAGAAAAACCUAACAUUUCUCGAAGCUAAAAAUAUGUAUUUAUCUUUGUUUUUGUAUAUAUUAACAUUUGUGUAUAGAUUUCUUAAUUUUGUAUUUGUCA